AUGUCCGGGCUCGAAAAGGCUCUCUUCAACCUCAAGUUCACCGCCAAACAACUCAACCGCCAAUCCGCCAAAGCCGGCAAAGAUGAAAAUGCCGAAAAGGCAAAACUGAAAAAGGCCAUCCAGCAAAACCACGGCGACAUUGCCAAAAUCUACGCUCAGAAUGCUAUUCGCAAGCAGAACGAGAAGCUGAACUUGUUGCGCCUGGCUUCAAGGAUUGAUGCUGUCGCUAGCAGAGUUCAAACUGCUGUGACCAUGCGUCAAGUCACGGGUAGUAUGGCGAAUGUGGUAAAAGGCAUGGAUGGAGCUAUGAAGGCUAUGGAUUUGGAAAAGAUCUCAGCAGUCAUGGACAAAUUCGAGUCGCAAUUCGAGGAUCUGGACGUCGCGACCGGCUACUACGAAAACGCCACCUCCAGCGCUACCGCCGUAGGCACACCCCAAGAAGACGUCGACAGACUCAUGUCGCAAGUCGCCGACGAAGCCGGUGUCGAACUCAACCAAGAAAUGGCUGGUGCAACUCCCGCACAGGGUAUAAAGGCCCCUGCCAACCCCACCGAAGUCGAGGAAGACAACCUGGGCGAAAGAUUGAGAGCUCUGAGAAGCUAG